CACGACUGUCAUGGCCACUUCAGAGAGAGAAAAGUGUACAUAAGGCUCAUGUAAAAAAAAAAAUAUAUCUUCCCUUAUGAUUGUUUGUAAAAAAUAUUACAAGAAAUUUAUAUUUUGAUGUGUAUAUUUUACGAUUGGCAAAAGAGCUUGUUCAAACGUUGCCAUUUUUUAUUUUUUUUUCUCUAAAGAGAGCUGCAUCUAAAUCAAUCUAAAUAUUGAUAUUUACUGUCAUUUUUAUAGUUGACAAUUUAAUCAACAUUAACAACAAUGGCUAUGCAGCUUGAUCAGCCUGGUGAUAACAAACAAAAACUCUCAGAACAAAUGAAACCAUGUAAUGAAAUAUUGAAAGAAUUAUUUUCUAAAAAACAUUCGGGUUACGCAUGGCCUUUUUAUAAACCUGUUGAUGUUGAACUUCUUAAACUUCAUGAUUAUUAUGACAUAAUUAAAAAACCAAUGGAUCUUGGAACUAUCAAGACAAAAAUGGAUAAUCGUGAUUACAAAACACCUAGAGAAUUUGCAAAUGAUGUUAGGCUUAUAUUUACAAAUUGUUAUAAAUAUAAUCAUCCUGGUCAUGAUGUCGUUGCAAUGGCUAAAAAACUUCAAGAUUUUUUUGAAUCAAGAUUUGAAAAAAUACCUGAUGAUCCUGCACAUGGUAUUGCAUCAAUGAAAGUUGAAAGUGCAAGUAGUGAAAGUAGUUCUGAUUCUGAUUCAACUUCUGAUACUGAAGAUGAUGAUUCAGAAAUUGAAAGAAAAACAAAACUUGUUGCACUUCAAGAAGAGCUUAAAUUAAUGCAAGGACAAAUAAAAAAACUUGUUCAAAAAUCAGCUAAAAAAAAUCAAGUUAUUAAAAAACGUAAAACAAAUUCUAAAUCAAAUGGUAUUAGUAGUAAAGAUUUAGAUUCUCAUAAUGGAGCAUUGAAAGAACUUCUAAAUCCAGAUUCUAAAAAUUCAAAUAAUGUUAAUUCGUAAAUGACCACUUGAUCUGGGGGAACAACAGAAAGGAGAAAAACAAAUUAUUUAUAAAUAUCAUUGAUGAAAUAUCAAUGAAUAUAUCAUAUUCAACAAUUAAAGCGAUAAUGACUGAAAAAUAAUCGCAACAGAAUAAUUUUUAAUAUAAUAAUCGUAUUAUUAAUUAUAAUUUAUUAUAAAAAAAAAAAAAAAAUGUAAGUUAAUGUGCUGUCAUGACAAUGUGAAUGUGUGUUUUCAUAAAAAUAUUUUAUUUCAAGAUUUGAAAUAAAUUUUUCUACUAAAAAUUUAUAAAAUUAAAUAAAAUAUUCUUCAUACUAAAUAUAUUUUCAUCACUGAAUAUUUUUCUUAUAGACUUUCUUUAGUACCAAAUGAUGUUUAUAUUUUAUCUAUUUGUAAAAUGAUAAAAUUACAAAUAUAUAAACAAUGGAUAAAUUAAUGAAACAAUUUGAAAUAUUUGACUCACGUUGUCCAAUGGCAUAUCAUAAUAAUCAAUAGACAAAUAAUUUGACACGUCGCAAAUUGUUAAAAAACAAUCAAGUGAACAUAACAUAUGUCAAUAUCUUCAUCAGUGCCAAAUUAAAUUGACUUAAAAAAAAUAUUUUGGAGUUGAAAAAAAGCAAGUCAAUAUGUUUUAUUAAUCAAAUAUUAUCAUCAUUAACAUUUCAAGGAUUUACAUCAAUCAUCCGCCAUUUUGUAUUUAUAACGGAAGAAAAAAAUAAAAUAUUUUUAUGCAAGAAUGCAUUAGAAAUGUGAACAAAAUACUCUAAAAUACAAUAAUUAUGAAAAAAAAGUUUUUUAAUUUUUUAUCAACAUUAAUAUAAUAAAUAUUAAUUAAUUAAUAAAAAUAUUUUGUCUUAAAUUUUUUAGCAGUAAACACGGAACACGUGGAAUUUUAUUUGCGCGGUGUUUCAUCACCACGUUGUCUAUCUAAAAAAUAAAAUAAAACUAAAAUAUACAUCAUCAUCUAAUGAAUAAAAAAUAAUUAUUAAAUUUUAUUAUUAAUUUAAUAUUUAUUUAAUUCACAAAUAGUUUUAUUAAAAAUAAAUAAAAUAUUUGAGAAAAAAAAAAAUGCAUUGUAAACACGGAACGGAGCAGGAAUUUGUCUGAAUUUUUUUGAUUCGUUAAUAAAAAAAAAAAAAAACAUUAUUAUUAUAUUGUUUCCAUUUGCCAUUUACUUUACAGGAUAAAAAAAAAUUAUUAUCCCAUCAACUAAUAUUAAAACAAGACAAUUAACCAAAAAAAAGGAGAAAAAAAAAUUAAUUUUCUGAAAUUUUUGGCGGUUAAAAUAAUAGUUGAUUAAUAAAAUAAUAAAGAAAAAGGUGUUGGUUAACACCUCAGAAAGGGUUAGGUAUGGACAUUUUUUUUUUUUAAUCAUAAUAACAAUAUAUAAAUUAUAAUUUAAGGGAACGGUCGAAAUAUGAACCAGUCGGUACGUCGCGAAGGAAUGCGUAGCCAUUGUUGGUGCUGCGAUCGUUAGAUUUCUAGAUAUCUUAAUUCUGUUUUAAAUAACUUUAAAAAAAACAAUUAAAUGUGGUUAAUAUAAUAAUAAAUACAUCAUUAUUAUAAUUAUAAAUAUUCCAUGUUAAUAUUAAACAUAUAUUUUAACUAAAAAACAAUUAUUAUCAAGGUGAAAUAUUGUUUUAAUUGGAGGUACAUUUCAUCGCGUCCUAUCCGUUAGUUGCAAAUUUACAUGUGUGUGUAUGUGUAAAUAUAACAUACACAAGAAAAUAAAAAAAAAAAUUAUAUAUAUAUAUGAGUAACAUGCGUGUAUGAUGAUGAGGUGUAUGACGAUGAGGUCCUCGUGCCGCCAUUCGUAAAAAUAAAGA